CGAAAAGAGAGGAAUUAGAACAAAUAGAAGAAGAACAUACUGCAAUUGGGGAAGCAUUAGAUGAAGAAUCCUAGAUUAGAGCGCAAUUGGGCAAGAAAUCGUUGAAGAACCCUAGAUUACCUAUCAAUUGCUCAGAUUUGGGUAAAAAGUUGCCCUAAUCUGGAAAGAGUGAUUUGGGGGAGGAGAACCCUAGAAUAUAUAUAUAAGGGGGGAAAAAAGGGGCUAAAAAAAAAGAGGGAAAAUCAACCAACUGUUGGCUACAAUUAGGAAAAUAAGAGAGUCGACGUCGGAAAAUUGGAGUCAACGCCUGAAAAGUGGUCUCGGGUUUCUUUAGAAAAAAAAGGGAUCGUUGUGGUUUUUUUUAACAAAAAAUGCUUUAAAAGGUUUUUUCUUGCAAAUUGAGGCUUUUAAAGGUUUUUUCUGACAAAUUUGCCGAUUUUUAUCCUACUUUGGUGUAUAUAUACUUCGUACAACUUUGUAACAGAAGAAAGAUGCAACAAAAGACCUCUCUUUUAGCCAACCUUGAGAUUAAGAAGCAUAGUUCAUGACCAUAAAAGAGUGCAUUUUUUUAUUCAAUUGCGUUGAAUCUACACUUUAGAACCAUGUGCGCAUUAUCACUAUAGACUAUAGUAUUAAUCUUUUAAAAAAAUAUAUAUUUUAUCUUGAUUGAUACCAUCCGCAUUGAUUCCGUCAACAAAAACAACAAUUGACUAUUAAUUAUUAAUCUUUCUUGCUUCAAAAAAAAAAAAAAAAAAAAAAAAAAAAGUAUUAAUCUUUCUUAAAAGAACCAUUUCUAUUUAUAACUCUAAACCUUCUUCCUUCCCCAUGCCUCAUACCAAAAGUAAACCACCCACCUAUAAUCAAACAGAAUCUAUCAGAAAUGACAACUAAUAGUAAUGAUUAUGAUCGCCGUAAAGACCUAGAAGAAUUCGAAGACACCAAGCUCGGGGUGAAGGGCCUGGUUGACUCCGGUAUAACUCACGUCCCACGUAUCUUCCACCACCCACCUGAGACCCUCUUUGAUCAUGAACAGCCCCAAACACCCAACCCAGAUGGUGAGCAAAUCAUACCUGUCAUUGACCUCUCGGGUAAGCACGAGGAAGUGGUAAAGCAGCUGCGAGAUGCCUCAGCUAAGUUUGGGUUCUUUCAGGUGAUCAAUCAUGGGAUAUCAGUCUCCCUUCUGGACCGUCUGCUUGAUGCUAUUAAGGCCUUCCAUGAGCUGCAGGCAGAGGAGAAGAUGCAGCUUUAUCGUCGCGAAACAGUCACUGCAGGCAGUGGAGUGGGGUUUUACUCCAACUAUGACUUGUUCCAAUCAAAAGCUGCAAGCUGGCGAGAUACACUUGCAAUUCGUCUUGCUCCCAUCCCUGUCGAUCCCAGUAAAAUCCCUGAAGUUUGCAGAACAGAGAUGAUGGAGUGGGAUAAGGAAGUGAAGCAGCUCGCAGACCAACUCAUGGGAUUGCUAUCUGAAGGGUUGGGACUAAGUGCUGAUAAAUUGACAGGGACGUCUUAUUUGGGAAGGAGAGCUGUGGCCGGUCAAUAUUAUCCAUAUUGUCCAGAGCCAAACAAGACAGUAGGUAUAGCUUCGCAUACAGAUCCUGGGAUUCUAACAGUCUUGCUGCAGGAUCAAGUGGGUGGGUUGCAAGUUAAAUACGGUGGCAGUUGGAUCAAUCUGACACCAGUUCGCAGUGCUCUUGUUAUUAACCUCGGAGACUUAUUCCAGAUAAUAUCAAAUGAUGAAUACAAGAGCGGAGAACAUCGUGUAUAUGCUAAUCCUUUCCUCAAACCACGAGUAUCAAUUGCAUUCUUCUUAAGCCCAGGCAUUUAUGAGAAUCUCUAUGGGCCUUUGCCGGAGUUGGUAUCACCUGAAAGACCAGCACUAUAUCAGCAACACACAUUCUCAGAUUUGGUAAAAAAUUUCUUCUCAAAGGAGUUAGAGGGAAAGUCCAUGACCAGCUACUUCAGAUUGUAAUAAUGUUAUCUUUGGUUCAAUGAUAUUAGCUUCAAUUUGUAUUAUUGGUUGUAUGAUACAAUACAAGGCUUGAAUAAAAACAAAACUAGAUAUUUAAC